UGCGUUCUUGAUAAGGAAUGAACAAUUUUAGAUCUAUGCCUGUGCUACCCGGUCAUGAUGCGCCAGUGGAGAUGUUGGGAGGACGACGCCCCAAAGCAAAGGGCCAGGCCAAGCGCAAGGCCAAGGGCAAGGGCAGGGGGGAUGACGAGGAGCCCAAGGAACCAACCAAGAGGGAUCCGGAGUUGUACCAGCUUGACUUGAAGAAGAAACAGCUGCAAUUGCAACGUGAGACUGAGAAGUCUGUAAAUGAGUGGGAUAAUGAAGUUCAGAUUGCGUUGAAGGCUACUUCCUCAAUGGCUGAGCUCAAGGACCAUCGCUCAGUUGUUGAAAAACGACUGGCAAUCCUACAGGCUUUUGGUCAUGGAACAGCUGACGUUCAUUCCCUGUCUCCGGAUAGCAAGUCUUGGAAGCGGCACGUUUUCUCCGCAUCCGGUUCAUUGGACCCUGCCAUUUUCGCCAAGUACAGAGAGCGACUGGGGUCCUACAUCACGAGCCUGAGCAACGCCUUUGACUUGCUGCUUUCUAGUCAACAAGCUGAAUGGGACCAUGAGGAGGAAGUCAAGCAGGUGAAGCGAGAUCGAACGGUUAGUGUUGCAGGCGAAGGGAAUGCUGCCAAACCUGAGCAUGUAUCCAAGCGGACUACGGCUGCGACUGUGACUCCGACUCCAGAGGAACUACAUGAGGGACGUGAACCUGAACCUGAGACUGGAGUCCCAGACCUUCCGGAGUGUAUGGCUCACCUGCCAUCAUACCCUUUGGUUCAUGCAAUUGGAAGAGUUUUGAGUGAAGAUAGCGACGCGAAGGGUGCGCCUGUGCUCCAAUUUGGAGCAGUUGUGGAUCCUCCUAGCGACCUUGACCUCGCUGACAUCGUCGCCUAUGGUGGUGACCUCGGCAACGGCCAGCCGGUCAUUAUCUCAGAUGCCUUUCCACCAAAUGCUGAGGUGGAUGAGCUUCGAAAUGACGAU